AUGGAAGCUGUUGGUGUUGGAGCCUUCCCUGAAGGAGAAUGGGAUUGCAUUUACAGAAUAUUUUCAAUUGAAGAAGAUGGGAACACAGAAAUUGAAUCCAUGUUUUCUCCCACCCCUAAUUUGCAGUAUAUUUGUCAAGAGAGUAGUAAUAACAUAUUUGAUAAUGAUUUUCACUUUCACAUGAUGAUGAUGAUGAUGAUGGAUAAUGAGAAAAACCAUGAUGGGGUUUUUGUUCCUUCUUCACAUACCGUUGCUGAACAUGUCACAAUGAAUGAAGAUGAUGAGACAAGUGAAAAUCUUGAAUUGCCACUAGAUAACAAGAAAAAGAGGAAGGAUAAUGCAGUAGGGAACAAGAAGAAGCAGAAGGUGGAGAGUAAUGGGAAAGAAAUAGAAGAAAGUAAUGAUAAUUAUACCGCUUUAGAAGAUGAUAAUGGCACUAAUAAUUAUAAUAAGGAGGAGAAUAGUGGAGGAGCUACUUCUUCAGUAUUGAACUCAAAUGGGAAGACAAGAGUUACUAGAGGAUCAGCAACAGAUCCUCAAAGCCUUUAUGCAAGGAGGAGAAGAGAGAGGAUUAAUGAGAGACUAAGAACUCUACAGAGUCUUGUUCCCAAUGGAACAAAGGUUGAUAUAAGCACAAUGCUAGAAGAAGCAGUGCAUUACGUGAAAUUUUUGCAGCUACAGAUUAAGCUUUUGAGCUCUGAUGAUUUGUGGAUGUACGCUCCGAUAGCUUAUAAUGGAUUUGACAUUGGACUCAUCAAUCUAUCUCCUCAACAACAUUAA